ACCUGAAGGAAAGGAAACCGGUAUAACACAAACAAAGGAACCGCAAUCACCACAAGCAAUCAACGAUUCAAAAUGACAAAAGAACGGGGCAUAGGAGAUAGAGGCGGAGUCUUGGCUGUAGUUAAUGGGAGGACUAAGAGUAGCAGUAGGAAUAAUAAAAGGAAAGCAGUAGAGAAUAGAAAGCGUCUUGUCAGAGCAUAUGUAACUUCUGAUAUAGGAGCUGGAGCAGGAACACGAUUGCUCGGGUGGUGUCUUGUAUUGUGGUUGGUUGCAUCAGUUGAUUCACUCCUUCCUCAGCAUUCGUCGAUUGGUGGCGUGGGAAAGGGGCAUUCGAUCACGGGCAAAGAUGUCGAUGCAAUUCAUUAUGCAAGUUAUGAAUUCAAGGUAGAAGGGUUGCCUGAUUCACCAGUCUUUCCUCCAGACUCAUCGGUAGGGUGAUGCUAAACUAUCUUCUAAGGGUUUCUACUAUUACAUAGGCUUGGGGCUCCCAUGCCGGUAUCUUUCAGUUUGUUGGCUCCUCUUAUUCUCAGCACAUAGGGGGAUUCCCCAUCUAUUUAUCUUUCUAUUUCUUCCCUUCAUUCCAAUCUUGGGGCGGACUCCCAUGAUUCCUUUC